UUCAUCCAUCGACGCAGAGAAUUCCACACAAUUUCAAAAAUCGAAGGCCCGAUCAAAUUUUUCUCAUGUUUAAUAACGAGCCGCCAGCACACCUGCCCAGAUACAUGGAGAUGUUUGACAACUAUUUCAACAUUGCAAAGAAGUUACAAAUUCUACUUGUCCUUCGAAAACUCCAUCUGUGAAGAAUACGUCACUGAAAAGUUCUUCGAAAUGAUGAACCGAAACAUAGUGCCCGUUGUUCUCGGUGGUGCUGAUUAUGCUGCCAUCGCUCCACCGCAUUCCUACAUCAACGCUCUGGAUUACACUCCUCGUCAGCUGGCUGAAUAUCUGAAAGAGUUGGAUCGUAAUGACACUUUGUACGCUGAGUAUUUCUGGUGGAAGAAACGCUAUCGUAUCAACGACCUCCACGAGAUGACCAAGACAGCCUUGUGUGAUCUAUGUGAAGCUCUUCAUACGACGCCUUUGAAAAACUCCACUGUCAAAGGUUUACAAAGAUGGUUGUUGGAACCAUCUCUUUGUAGACAUUUUCCAAUAUUCAAGGACAAUUGAAUAGCCGCUGUCAGGAGCCACCAACGUCUUUUCUGGUUUCAGUGUCUGUCAUUUACCAGUUGCACAUUUUUAAGUAAAGACAUGAAAAUGCAGAAAAGAAAUCAAAUAUACAAAUUCCUGACCCCAUCCCGACUUAAUCACGACAGGUUCCACAGGUUUGGUUCAAGAACAUCACGAAGAUGCCAUCGUCCUAAAGACAAAACAAAACCACGAUUUUAACGAAUCUUGUAGAAAUAUUUCUGAAGAGAAAUACAAAAUAAAUUAUUA